UUUGUUUUGAAUUGGGCCUCACUGCCUUUUCCCUAACCUCACUAACUAUAUCACAAAAUAUAAUAACGGCGCCCCAAGAACUCUCCCUCUUAUUGUCGUUUGGAGUCUCUGGAUUGCUGGGAACAGAAGCAAUUCUUGGGAUAAUCCCAAGGAUCAAAUAUGGAAGAUUACAUGCCGUUAGUUAGGCAAGACAGCUGUCCCGACCAUAUCGAUAAGCACAGAGGGUUCACGAGAGUCUGGGUACAGACGAUCCGGACCCAACCAUUCCUGUUUCCAUAUCGACUACAAGCCUAACUAUAAAUAGGGAACAAGGGUUGUUCUUCUGAAGACACAAAAUCGUGAGAAACCGCCGAUCAGAACAGUUUCCCAAAACUAAUACGAAGAAGAAGAAGAAGAAGAAGAAGAAGAAGAAGAAGAAGAGAAGAAGAAGAAGAAGAAGAAGAAGAAGAAGAAGAAGAAGAAGAAGAACGACCAUGUUUGGUGAAUUUGAUCCGAAAUACAGUAAAUACUCGGAUGCUCAUAGGGAUUUGAUGGAAAAAGUUCUGGACAAUUGGAAACUUCGGGACGAGGAAGAAAAAUUCAAGGUGCUUCAUGAUUACCUGAGCGAUGUACACAUCAAUUCUUAUUUUUAUGAAUCCACUGAAGAUUUGCUCACCGAAUUAAGGAUCCUAAAAAGAAUUAAUUGUAUUCUCGGUGCUGAUCACCGUGAAUUACUGGCCACUUAUCGCAGUGGCGACAUUGAAUUUUAUAAGGUCCAAAAAGAAUUUUUCAAGGUGAAAACCAUAAUGUUGGAUUUUUUAAAAUCACAAAUGAAAAAUGCCACAAUAUCGGAAUUUUUAAGGUCUCUUGCUGAAUUUCCGGAGGAGGAGUUUUCAUCUUCACAAAUAAAAGAUGCUACAAUGUUGGAUUUUUUAAAGUCCCUUGUCCAUCUUGAUCUUCCAGAAGAACGUAAAAACUGGCUGCUGCAGAAAUUAGUGGGAAAUGACAUCACCAGUGCCUGUGAGGAAAGCAAAACGUCGGAAAACGUUUUCGCCGAGAAAUUACAGCGUCUGGGAGUGGAGAUCCGAGAAGACAAUUUAACAAAUGACGGAGAUCCAUGUACCGAUAUGGAUUCACUCAAAAAACGCUUAAAGGUUAUGGAGAAUGAAGUCAGGGAGAAGUCUGAUAAUUUACGACAAAUGUAUGAUUGUCCAAUUCAUGCUUGUGUGAGAUAUGAACACUUCGUAAAAAGUUUUAUUCAGCAGUUGGAUAUGCAUGUUACGGCUAUGUCAAGAUGAAAAUUGAAUUGGAUUUAUGAGUCUAAACUACGUCAUUAUCUCAAAAUAGUUUUUUUUAAUUUUUAAAUGCAAAUGCCAUCUCAAGAACAAGAUGAAAAUUGAAUUGGAUUUAUGAGUUUAGUCUAUGUCAUUAUCUCAAAAUAGUGUUUCUGAUGAGGAUAAAACUACAGGCCAGAAGAACAAUAUCACAAUUACUAUUAAUAAAGGAAGGUUGUUGAAGGAGGAAAUUGAGAAGAUGGUGCAAGAGGCAGAAAAGUACAAGACGGAGGAUGAACAACACAAGCAGAAAGAAAGUCGAGCCGAAGAAUGCUUUGAAAACUAUGCUUACAAUAUGAGGAAUACAAUAAGGACGAGAAGGUUGCUGGGAAGUUAGCACCAGCUGACAAGAAGAAAAUCCAGGAUGCUAUUGAAUCUGCCACUCAGUGGCUUGAUGCCAACGAGCUAGCAGAGGCGGAUGAAUCUGAUGUCAGGAUGAAAGAGCUGGAGAGUGUUUGCAACCAAAUUACUGCUAAGAUGCACCAAGAUAGUGCUGGACCUGACAUGGGUGGUUUUGGUGGGAUAUGACCGACUGCUUGGAGGUCUGAUGGAGGGGAUUCAUUUUAUUUAGGUCACUUUAAUUUAAUAUUUAAGUUUGAUUUUUCUCUAAGAAAAUGAUGGUACUGAUUGAACUUUAUAGAUAUGCUUAAUGGAAAUAUUUCAGUUUUAGUUUGUUGAAUUUUUCAA